AUGGAGGAUGCCAACCAGACUGGGCCGAUUCACUUCCACUUCCGCCCCUUCUCCCGACUCCCCGAGGUGCAGGUGCUGAUUUUCGUGACCUUCCUGAUCAUGUACGUGGUCAGCGUCAGCGGCAACACCUCCAUUUCUCUCAUCAUCGGGACCAGCCGCUCUCUCCACACCCCCAUGUACUUCUUCCUGGCCAGCCUGGCGGCUCUGGAGAUCUGUUACUCCUGCACCAUCGCCCCUCUGACUCUGGCCAGCGUCCUGUCCCCAGAGAAAACCCUCAUCUCCCUGCCUGGCUGUGCUGCCCAGAUGUUCUUCUUCAUAUUCCUGGGCAGCGCCGACUGCAUGCUGCUGGCCGCCAUGGCCUACGACAGGUUUGUGGCCAUCUGCCACCCUCUACGCUAUGCCCUCCUGAUGAGCUGGAGGCUGUGUGCCCAGCUGGCCCUGGGCUCGCUGGUGCUGGGGUUCAUCUUGGCCUUGCAGCUGACCGUACUCAUCUUCCGACUCCCCUUCUGCAGCAGCAAAGAAGUCGGCAUGUUCUAUUGUGACGUCCUUCCUGUUAUGAGAUUGGCUUGUGCAGAUACCCGGGUCCAUGAGGCCACUCUCUUUGUGGUGGGUGUCGCUGUCCUCACCAUCCCCUUCCUGCUUAUCGCUCUCUCCUAUGUCUUCAUCGUGGCUGCCAUCGUGAAGAUGCGCUCUGCCGAGGGGAGGCACAAGGCCUUCUCCACCUGCUCCUCCCACCUGACGAUGGUUCUGCUCCAGUAUGGCGGGGGAAGCCUCAUCUACCUGUGCCCCAGCUCCAGCUACUCUCCAGAGAGGGGCCAGGUGGUGUCUGUGGUCUACACAUUCAUCACCCCGAUGCUGAACCCCUUGAUCUACAGCAUGAGGAACAGAGAGCUUAAGGAUGCUGUGAAGAGAGCGAUGAGGAGGUUCCUGUCAUCCUAAACACAGCAGCCGCCCUGGAGGUCCCUCUGCAGCAUUGCUGGGUGGAGACGAGAGGCUGAGCUCUUUGAAAGACGGGGGCUGAGAGGCCGUUGGCUUCACACUGUUACUGCUUCCCGGUCCUGUUAUUUUUGAGAAGUCACUUUCCUUUUCUCAUCCUCUGAUUCCUCAUCUCUACAAUGGGGAUGGACACGCCCACAAGACCUCAAUUCCGGGGUGGUUAUGAGGACCAAAAGAUACAUUAAGUGAAAAAAAUACUUUGUGACUU